AUGUUGCCGAUCUUAAUUCUUCCCUCACUUGCCUGUGCGAGAAUUCUGCUUGAUGAUAAUAGCGCUUUGGCUGAGAACAAGCGUUUCUCGCUAAAAACCGGCGGCAGCGGCAGUGGGUUUGGUAUCAGUGUGAGCCAUAACAGCUCUGGUACUGACAUCACUAUCGGUGGAGGAGCUGGUGGCGGAGCUGGCACUUCACGUGGCGAGGGAGCUAGCGUUGGCGGAGGGAUCGGUGUUGGGGUCGGCAUCCACAUAGGGAAAGGCGGAGCGAACGUCGCAGUGGGGGUCGGCGGAGGCGGUGCCGCUAGUGCGAACAACGGCAGCGUCAGCGUCGGUGGCGGAGGUGGCGGCGGAGUUGGAGUUAGUAUCGGGCGUGGUGGUGUGAGCGUGAGCGUCGGAGGCGGUGCCGGAGGAGGUGCGGGGAGUGGCGGUGGAGCGUCAGGAGGUGGUGGCGGAGUGGGAAGCGCCGGAGGGGUGGUGGCUAGCGGGGACGGUCAUGGAAGUGCAAGUGGUAGCGGCGGAAGUGGUGGAGGCGACGGAGAUGCCUCGGCUGGAGGAGCCGAAGCAGGAGGUAACGGCGGCGGCGGCGGCGGUGGUCGAGGUUGA